CGCGCCGCUCUUCGUCUCGUCGUUCCACAUUAUGAUCGUCACUUCUUCCUCUUUAAGCGCUGCAGCCUGGGGUAUCGAUCUUGCGAAGUCGAGGAUAAUGCGCGAUAAUGCAUCGAAAUUGUAUGCGGGAGCGUUUCUAGAAUGCUCGCGGCUGGUGGGAUGCGAAUAGUAAUUGCGAAUUUUAUAGAUUACAAGCAUUGUUACUUGCUCUCCUCCUUCCUUCAUAUCUCCCUGAUCCUUUCUCUCUGUCUCUCCCUCUUCUCUUUCUCCCGACUUAUCUCAGUUUACAUUCUGUUACAACUCCGUGUCGUACUGAUGUUCCGCUCUUCGUCUCGCCGCUUCUCCUGUUUCUUCGACCACCGCAGCGCGAUAAUUCCUCGGAAGUCGCUGAUAAUCGGUGAAGCGUCGAAAUGGUACACAUGUAAGUUACAUCUAUGAACUUUCUACGGCCACUUUGAUUCGAUCUCUUUCCGCGUCUCCAUGACCCCUUUUCCCGUGUUACCCUUUAUCUCUCUGUAUGUUCGUAUUAUGUUACAACUUAAUCAACUGACGUAUCGCUUUUCAUCUCACCAUUCUACGUUGUGAUCUCACCGCUUGUCGUUGUAAACUUUCUAGACCGUCGUGACAUGACGGAUCGACUGGUCGAAUUGAAGGUAACCCGAUAUCGGGGAUAUCGAUAGUGAGUGCACUUGUAAAGUGCACUUGUAAAGUCGGGACGAAAGAGCACAGGCUCUGCUCAUAAAUUUUCCUCAUAAGUUUUCCACAAUUAUAGGAAUUUUGCAAUCUGUGUGGAACUUAAAUGCAGGCUCGAUAAACAAGAAGCAGGAGUUAAAAUAGAGAAAUCGGACAUGCCACAUAAAUUCUAGACGCGUGAGCGCUCUAGAUUCGCCGGCGCAAGUUGCAAAAACGCCGCGAGGAUAAUCCCGGAGCAUGCAGCCGGAGCACGGUUUAUAUCGGUUAGCGCUACGCAGAAUCUUCUUUGAAGCCGCGGUAAAACGGGGUCGAGUGGUGGCGAGAGGCCGCGAAGGGACGCGAAUAAAGUAGUUCUAUUUGCGCGAGCGAGAGAGCCGGGAAAAGCAGUCGCGCCGUAAUAAUGUUUGCGAAAGCCACAUUAAGGUAUCCAUUUUAGAGAUCGCUUAGCAACGAAUGCUUCUGCGUGGGUCGAGAUGUACGAGCGAGGGCCGCGACGAUGCCCAACGCGCGCGGCCCGACCUGUCAAGGUCUCCUGCGGAGGAUACAGGCGCGUACAUCGCGCCAACACACUCGCGACUUACGACGUGUGUACACGCAUGCACGCACAUUUACGUAGGUGCUGUACGCCGAUACGCGGCGGGCCGGGAUGCGAGAUUGUCGCUACGAGCCACACGUUAUGCAGCGCGCGAUGCUCGACACCCUCCGAGAUCGUAAUCGAGCAAAGCAGCUCGAUAGCCGAUCUCACAGAUUUGGCGAAGUUGUGGCGAUCACACUAUGAAGGCUUUCCGAUGGAUGCUAUACCGAAGGAUUCGGUUCGGGUCAAGCAGGGUAGGCUUGAAGAACUGAAUAGCGGAAUAUGGCCUGCCCUGACUUCGAUGCAGUUUGGUUAUUCCUUACUUUGAAGAUGUAAAGUGCUCGCGAAAGGUCGGAGACAAAUCUACAAAGGACCCAGGAUCAAACUAGGAGCCAGAAACUAACCUCACUGACUCGCGGCGGACUUGAAGCCGCAGCGAGAGGUCCCGGAAGUCGCAGUGCGUCUAAUAGGAUCACCGGCUGUCCCGAGUCUCGGAAAAGACCGGAUAAGAACCUUCCUUUCUCCGUUCCUUUCUCCUUCGAAUUGCUCCAACAGUUCAUUCGUCUCCGUUCAUGAAUAUGACGAGAAAGAAACGGAUCGCGGAGUAAAAAUUCUGGAUGUUCACACAUUAGAAAAAAUGAAACUUAAUUGCACAAUGAAAUAAUUAUGACCAUAAUUAUUUCAUUACGCAAUUAUAGUCGCGCGUAUGCUGAACGCUCUUUUUGCACUGAGAGGAUAUUAUAGUUUUUUUCGUUUGUAUAAAUUCUUCUCAAUUUUAUUAUGUUCUCAACAGUGGAGGGAGCAAAGUUGUGUCAGCAAAAUCUAUCUUGCCAAGGAACACACGGCAAAUUUCUCUAGAAACGAAGCCAAUUUCGCACAGAGACACAGCAAAAUUUUAAACGGCGCAUCGAUGUUCCGAAAAUUGCGGCAAUGAAAUUUCCUCGCGUAACCCGUUUCGCGACGCUCGCCAGGCACAUGUCCACCGACGCGUCCGCGCGCGCUCUCGACCUUUAAGCGCCACGCGCGCCGCGCUGCAUCGGGAACGAGGCGCGUAAAUCGCGCCAGUUAUAUUUAGUGAUACCAAUGCGACUAUCGCGCGUAGUUUCGCCCGGCGUGCAAACAUCGGCGGCCGAAAUUCGAGCGUAAGAGUCCUCGAGCGAGUCGGUUGACGCGGCUAUAAUUAUUCCGCUACUCUCGCUAAUACCAGCGGCAUUUUUUUUUCCAACGUGUCCUCUGCGCGACGCACACGUUUUCUCCCGCGGGAAAGCGAUCAUGCCGCGUUUCCUUACGUUUCCCUGGACGCUCCUCGCCCCCUAUUCCUCCGCCUCCGUUCCUGGUCAGCAGCGGCAACGGCGGCUGCAAUCUUUUCUGUUCAAGCAUCGGGCCGCCGCCGAUACAUCCAUACAGCUGUCCGCGACCGUCUGUCUGGCCGCUUGUGAAGUGUACGAGACAGCAGCAUACAACCGGGCUUACUGGUCUCGUUGCGCGCUCGUCUCCACCAACGAGUUCAGACGAGGGCGAUUAGAAACGCAUGAGGACGCGCGAGGCAGACACGACGAGAGAGCUCGUUCGGCUUGUGUGGUCGCGAGCUCGCGAAACCGAUCGUGACACUCGCGACUCGACAUCAUCUCUUGAUGGUUGCGGGAAUUAUUUUUCAAUUACGACAUAAUUAAAAUGACUAGAUUUCCCAGCCCCAAAUAUCGAUGUAUGUAUACGUAUGUAUGUGUAUAAAACACAAAAUAUUUUAUUCAGAUACAUAAAAUAUAAUUUAACAACAAUGAAGACUUGCAUACAGUAAAAAUAGAAACUAUUGUUAAGACAAAACUAUUGUUAUUCUUACUUAAAAUUAAGGAAAAGCAAGCUACUAUAUUUACUAGAGUUGUAAAUUCUCUCGAGGAAGUUUCUUUGAGAAAAGUUUCUUUGUCAGAAAGGUUUUAGAUAUCCUUCAAACCGGAAUAAAGCGGGAGUUUGGACCAGUUUGGUCGAAUCCGGAACAAAUCGGUGUGCCGGAUAACAUUUGAAAAAAUCCGGGACAAAGAACGAAGAACCGGGACUAUUCUAGGAAAAGAGGGACAUCUG